GCGCUGACGGCGGGAUUGGGAUCCGGACCGGGAUCGGGAUCGGGGUCGGGACCAAGAUCGGGAUCGGGAUCGGCACCAGGAUCAGGAUCGGAACCGAGUGCGCUUCAGGGGUGGAGGCCGCCUGGGGCCGGCAUCCCCCAGUAACCGACUCCUGAGACACCCCGUCCCGCCCCCGGGAUGCCCAGGGCCGCUGAUCCCACGGAGCCCCCGGAUCCUCCCGCACCGGCCCCUCGCCGCCCGCCCCUCGCACGGGGGUGUCCCCACCGGGAAUCACCGCCUCGACCUCUGACUGCUCCCCGGUCUCUGGGUCCUCCUGCUGUCCCACACCCGCACCAAGGGGACCCUGCACUCCCUGUCGGCCCCUCCGCCACAGCUGUCCCCAUCUCCUCCCCUCUCUCCUCCUCUUGCUCUGUCCCUGCCAGAUCCCCUCUCCCUCCUCCUCCCUCUGACAGGGACAGGCCUGGAAGGGCAGAGGUUUCCCAUAGAGGUUUCUCACUAGGAACCCUCCCCUCCCCUCCAGGGUGGCCCCAGGGCUCUCCACACCCCUCUGGGGACAGCAGAGCUGCAGCUUGUGCUGCUCUACCUCAGCUGCUACUUAAAAAUUGUUGGGAGCUUUCCCCCCACCCUUCAAAGCCAGGAAUCCAUCACCCCCUUCCAUGGGUGUUUGACAGCUGCUCUGGGACAGAGACCAGCUAUAAUCCACAACCCCAUGUCCUGACCCCUGCCCAGACUCAGAGAGAACUCCACGAGAGAAAAUCCAAGAAAGGAGAUUACGUGACAGCAGCAGCACAGGGACCUCCAUUUUCUUCCAGAGUCUCACCUUGUGUAAGAGCUGCCGUGUCCUUGCUAGACCUGAAACCACCCAGGCCAGUGGUGUUUCAGUGAAUCCAUAGCAAGAGAGGAUCCAGCUGCAUUCCAAGCAUCCUCACGAAGCAAAGAACCUUGGUGAAGGCAAUGGCAACUCCAAGGAAGGCAGGGAUCCCCUUAGGUGUCAUGAAGGUGUUAGAUCCACGCCAGCUAAAGCCUGACAGCACGGAGGCAGAAAGAAUCAUGACUGUCUUGGAUGAGACCAUUGUCAAGCUGGAGAUCACCAGGCUGAUCCCACGGAUUACUGGCUCCCUGGACAGGUAUGCUGGGAUGCUGGGACCUGAGAUCACAAGCAGCCUUUUGGAGCUUCAGAAGCUUUCAAUGGAAAUACAGCAGCUGCACACCAGCGCUGGAGAUGCAAAGACCUUGAGAGCUGCAGAGAAACGCCUGAAAAGUUCCCUGAGAAACAUCCUGAGGCUCUUCCUGGUCAACCCCUUGCUUUACCAUGGGCUGAAAUUCGAAGUUCGGGUGAGAGAGUCAGCAGCUGAUGCGUUCAUCAAAGCCUUCAUGGAGUUCCGGGACUCCAUGCUCGAGAGGCUCCUGACCACUCCUGAUGAGGAGAGGGAAAUGAUUCAAUUCAUGAAAGACAUUUCCCUCCAGGUUGAGAAGAACACAGAAGUGAUCUCAGCUCUACAGGCACAGCUCGAAGGACUCAUCCAGGCUCGAGAUGAAGAGGUUAGCAAGAAGGACAAAGAAAUCGAAAACCUCAAAACCGCCAUGGAAGAUCUGGCCAAGAACUGCAGGACUGAAAUCCGGCUGCUCAUGAAGGAAGGAGGAAAGCAGAAAAAGGGGGAUGAGGAAGCCUCCCAGGAGAGGUGUGCCAGGCUGAAGGAGGACAUUCAGCACCUGGGAACACAGUUCAGUGCACUGGUGCUGGAGCAUCGAGCCUCAGAGCUGGUUCUCAGGAAGGAAAAGUGCAAAACAGAGAGGGAAAUUCAGGAAUGGGUCCAGAAAUACGACACAGACAUGACAGAAAAACAGACCACAUAUGAUGAGCUCCAGAUUGCCUACGACGAGGAGAAGAAGCAGUUGGCCGUGCUGAUGGAGAAACACGCCCUGCUGAUCCAGGAGUACACCCUGAUCGAGGAAGAGCGCAGGAUUCUCCAGGAGAAGGCAGAGGAGGCUGAACGGGAGGAGGCCAGGAGGAACCAAGCUGCCACCUGCAUCCAGGCCUACUGGAAAGGCUACUUUGUGCGGUGCAAGUACAAGUCACUACGGAAGAAGGGAAAGGGCAAGGGCAAAGGCAAAGGCAAGAAAUAAAGCCCCAAAUAAUUUUCUCUCCCUGCAAAGCUGCGGUGUCUGAGCUCUUCCAGAUGAAAGCAUUGAGAAUUGUUAAGGUUGGAGAAGACUUUUAAGAUCAUCCAGUCAAGCUAGUACCACCAUGUUCACCAGUAACCCUUGUUCUCAAGUGUCACAUCCAUAUGUUUUAUGAACACUUACAGGGAUAGUGACUGUACCACUUCCCCUGGCAGUCUAUCCCAGGGCCUCAGGACCCUUUCCACAAAAAAAAGUUCUGUUAAUAUUUAAU